GUCGCGCCGGGAUUGGCGGCGCGGGCGGGGCGCUGGCGGCGGUCGGGCGCCAUGGCGUACCAGGGCUUCGCGCAGGAGUACCUGGGCAUGCCCGCCGUCACCCGCGCCUACACCACCGCCUGCGUGCUCACCACCGCCGCCGUGCAGCUGGAGUUCAUCACCCCCUUCCAGCUGUACUUCAACCCCGACCUCAUCUUCAGGAAGUUCCAGAUAUGGAGGCUGAUCACCAACUUCCUCUUUUUUGGGCCCCUGGGAUUCAGUUUCUUUUUCAACAUGAUAUUUUUGUACAGAUACUGCCGCAUGCUAGAAGAAGGUUCCUUCCGUGGAAGGACAGCUGACUUUGUCUUCAUGUUCCUCUUUGGAGGGUUUCUCAUGACACUAUUUGGACUCUUUGCCAGCCUGUUUUUCCUGGGCCAGGCUUUCACCAUCAUGCUGGUAUACGUGUGGAGUCGCAGGAACCCUUACAUCCGCAUGAACUUCUUUGGGCUUCUGAACUUUCAGGCCCCCUUCUUGCCCUGGGUCCUAAUGGGGUUCUCUCUGCUCCUGGGCAAUUCCAUCAUCAUCGACUUGCUGGGGAUUGCAGUCGGUCACAUCUAUUAUUUCUUGGAAGAUGUUUUCCCUAACCAGCCUGGAGGAAAAAAGCUGCUGUUAACCCCUGGCUUCCUGAAGAUGGUAUUUGAUGCACCUGAAGAGGAUCCCAACUAUAACCCUCUCCCUGAGGAUCGUCCAGAAAACCAACCUGGGGACCAAGGCCACAACCAGCAUCAUCAUCCACAGUAACACAGGGGCUUCCCCACAUGGCCAGAUUCCUCUCUUCCGGCUGGACUCACGCAGUGGCCCAGGGAUCCUACUGGAGUAAUACCAAUUGCCAUUUUGGUGUGUAAUGUUUCGCUGUUUGUACCAAGUGAUUCCACAGAGGUUUGCACAUAAAAACUGAUGAAUGCUUACAGAGGUGUCCGAGGGAUGGGGACUGGAAGUUGUGAUGGCUCCUCAAUUACCCAGUGGGGAAUAAGUAUCAAAUAGGGUGUUAAAUCAGUUACUUCUUCUCUUGCUGUUAAUGACUUGCUGUGUGCUGGGUCACUUUUAUCCUCUGUACAAAGACUAAUGCUCUUGGUUCUCACAGUUGUGAGACCUCUCCGUGGGCUUUCAACAAAGUAGUACUCUCUACCGUAGUAGAAUGCAGCUCAGCCUUUUCCUUUCCUCUGAGUCCCCCACCCCUUUUCUGUUGUUGUUUCCAAAGAGUCUUUACAUUAAAGUCUUUAUUUUUC